CAAUAGCAAACUGUUAUUAGUCAUGCAUGAAAAUAUCAGUUUGCAAUCAACCAUCAUCUCAACGCAACACAAGUAUUUCAAAAUAGUGACAGAAUUUCUUCGGAAGCCAACUCUGUUGCGUAAAGAUCGUAGUUACCCGUUACUGUAAUAAACACGUCAAAAGCUCACAGUUCGUUCGAUUCGAAGAUGAAUAAAUCCCCUUCCACGCUAGAACUGGCCUGGUCGGCCGAUCUCCAGCAUGUGAUUUUCCGAGAAAUAGGCACUCACUGUACGCGCCAAUGUCGAUUCCCGGAAGCGAUUGCCAAUCUACGAAAAGCAACCGAGGCUAACCCGUCCGCGGUGGACUGCCAUCGGCGAAAAACAACAGCUCAUUUGCAAAACUUGGAACUCCAUGGCGCACUGGAAAGUUGCCGUACGGGAAUGGUAUCUCGUGCGAUGAAUGAAGACAGCACCGACGACGUGGGGUUUGAUAUUGCUAGUGCUCUAUUGGAGAGCAAGAUUUUAUUUGAGAUGGCUGAUUUUGAAGAGCACAUUAAGGUUUCUUUUACCAAAAAGAAUCUGGUUCCUAAAGGGCAUCGGAAGGAUCUAUUUGAUACAGAACUUAUUUUGGCAUUGGGUGUCUAUGAGAGCACGCUCGGCAGGAAAGCCGGUAGUUGUCUCUAUAAAUUGAGAAAAACAAUAAUGGAAAUCAGUAAACAAAACCAUAACAACCAAAAUCUAGAUAACCGACCGGAAUGGAAGAUUCGAAAGGACAAAGGUGAAUGUGACGCACUUAGCAUUGCUGAGGUAAACACGACAAAAACUCACAUUCGUGAAAAAGAGCUGAUUGCGAAAAACAUGAGGAUGUUGGGACAAAUGUAUUUGAACGGAACUAGCGCAGAUCUAGAUUUUCUUCAUUCUCUAAAAGAAGACAAACUACUGACGAACAUUGUAAAGCUACCACAAACUAACGAGAGUUCAUCUGCUCUCCAAGAGACAAUAGAAGAUUGUCAUGGGAAGGUACUCUCUAGUCUACGCCAGCUUCAUGCCGCUUUCCCGAUCUAUGCUUACCGCAAAAACCAGUUCGGUACUACGGCCAGAGCGAACGCAUACAAGGAGGAAAAUAUAUUCCGAUAUCGUUAUAAGACCUACAGAGACGUCUACAAUCAAUUGGAUCGGUUGCACGAACUAAGACAGCAAGGAAACGUUCCAGAAUUGGUACGAUUUGCAGAAACGGUACUGUGGAACUAUUUCCAGAUCAAAACCGAUCGCGUAUUCCCGGAUCGGUACAAGUUUGUAACAGAGGUCUGCAACCUAAUCGGACUGGCCAUGUUGGACCAGUUGCAAAUUCCUCCAACGCUCAUGGACGAACGACCCAAAGAUCGUCUGCACACACUGUUUGAUCUUCCCUUCGUCCACGAGCACGAUUUGAUUACUCCAGUAUUUGGAGAUAAAUCAACCUAUCGUGAUCCGGCUGCUCCUGACUACAAAUACAUGGCAUACAAGAACCGCCUUAACAAUUUAGACGAAAGAGUUAACCAUAGUCGCUAUCCGAUUGAAAGAGCAUUUUGGUUACACGAAAUGUGUAUCUGCCAACUGAACGCGAACAAGUUGAGUGAGGCUCGCAACGUUGCCUGCCGGGUGAUAGAGGAAGCGUCUCAAGCCGGUAGCAAUUUGUGGUACUUUUUGGGUGUACUAAUAUUAGUCAAAGCCGAUUGCUCACAACGUAAUUUAGAAAAACUGUCCAACUCACUCGAUGAAGCAGCCGAAGCUUCAAUGUCGCUGGACGAUAGUCGACUGACGCAUCUGAUUAAAGUGGCUCAAAUUAUCAACAGAAAUAUGAUCAACGAAAAAACGAAACGCCGAAAAACUAUGAUGCGUGACCGAGCACAGAAAUUCUAACGAAUUUAUAUUGUCAGGUUGAUUUCAGCGACUAGCUUUCACAUUCUUCUGGGA